AGAUUCGUGACAGUCUCCGCCUCUCACGGAUUAUCACCGGGAAAAUCGACACUAUAUUGAUACUUUUAGUACGAAAAAAAUUAUUUAAACAAUAUUCAUGAACUGUUUAAGAUAAGAUUUAUAUAUUUUAUAUAAAAUAUUUAAUUUUAAGAUUUAUUUAGAUAAAAGUAUUGUAUUAUCAAACUCAUCAAAAAGAUGAGUUCUUCAAUUUCAAUAAGUAAUACUGGUCCUAUGACUAGUACUACAGGAAUGGAAACAAUAGUGGCUGUGGCACUUGGUGCACUAGCUGCUGUUUUCUUUGGUGCAUUUUUAGUUUUGCUUGUCAUUUGUAAAAGACAAAGAUGUUACUAUAAUCAAAAAGAUUCUCCAGAUUUAAACUCAGAUUUAUUAGAAGGAGAACAUUUUUCUGGUUUAGAUGCUUGGGAAAGUGAGGAAUGGUUAGCUGGUGCAGAGAGAUGGGUUGAUGAUGCUACGGGUUUAGCUCCACUGUGCAUUGAUGUAUUGAGAUCUUGUCAUACUUUGGCUUCUAAUCUCACUGCUAUUGCAGGAACAGUAAAUAGUAAUACUAUUCCAUUGGAAAUCGUGGAUGUUGCCAGACGUAUUCCAUCUCGUGUUGAUGAUGUAGUUAGAAGUUUGUAUCCAUUACUAGAUGCAAGAUUAUUAGAAGCCAGAGUAGCAGCAUUAGUAUUAGCUGUUACACAUUUGGCAUUGGUAACUAAGCACGGAGUCUCCAAAAAUCAUGCUAGGAAGUUAGCUUUUAUUGAUCAAGCUUUGAAUGAUAUGGAUUCUCAUUUAUCAAUCUUGAGAAAUGCUGCAUUAGCACAAGAAGUGGCUUGUUCUAUUCCAACUUCAGCACCAGUUUAAUUUUCAAUUUCUAUGAGAAUUUUCAUCAAUUUUUCAAUUUUCACAAUUUGUUUAUAAUUUUUAUAUUUCAUGGUUUUAGGUUUUAUAAUAGAUUUACUAAGUAUUGCGUGAAAUUAAAAAACACGCAGUAUUAAAAAAUAUUCGAUCGAGUAUUUCUUUUUCUUUUUUUAUUAUGUCAAGAUCCAAAACCUAAUAAUGCAAUUUCGAUUUUUCUAGCAACAAUAUUUAGUGUAUUACAUUUCAUGUAAUUAUAAUUAUUACAAAAAUGCAUAUAUACUUUCGUGAAAUAAUAUAUUAAAAAAUAUUGUAAGAUAUAUGAAACAUACGGAUGAUUCACGCAAUUAAGCUAAACAUAACUCUGAAAUAAUAUCACAUUAUUAUUAAAAAUUUUAUAAUAAAAUUAAAAUUGAAAUAUUUU